AUGUUUGAAGAAGAAGGAUGCAACGCAGAUAAAAAACGAAAGUUUUCUAAAACAGAAGGAUUUGCAAUCGAUCAACUAGUUUACGAAUGGUUUUGUAAAGCAAGGAACAAAAACAUACCCAUAUCGGGAACCUUAAUUCGGGAAAAAGCUCUUGAGGUAUCUACAUCCUUGAAACUUAGUGAAUUUAAGGCUUCAACUGGCUGGUUAAAUAAGUUUUGCAAGAGACAUAAUAUUAACUUCAAAACAAUUUGUGGUGAGUCUGCAGAUGUGGAUGAAGUGACUGUUGAAGACUGGAAAACAAAAUUAACAGCAAUUAACAAAGGGGACGAUGCAUUUGACGAAGAGGACGACAUUCCUUUAAGUCAGUUAUCUUCAAUUUUAAAAAACAUGCCAGGAAGUCCAGAUCUUAAAGAAUAUCUGACAGUCGAUUCAGAUGUCCCUACGGAAAAUCCUAGUUUAGAGAUGCAGGGAAUAAUCUAG